ACCAGUUGGCUUAACCAUCCUUCUCAGGACAGAGAGUACUCAAUGAUCAUGAGAACUGACAGGAUGCCACUUAAAUGGGUGAUACAAUGGUUCACCCUCUGCAUUGGACUCUCUGUUGAGACCACUGUCAUGAUUCAGAUGGUGACCAAAAUGCCAGUCAUAACAGUGAGCCCCUCUCACAACAACCAGUACUGUAGUACCUGGGGAAACUAUCAUUUUCAGACUUUCGAUGGAGAUUUCUUCCAGCUUCCCUACACUUGCAACUACAUCCUUGCUUCGCACUGUAAGGGAAGCUAUGAGACUUUCAAUAUUCAGCUCCAGCGGCAGGAGAUAAAUGGGAUCAACACCAUUAAGCAGGUCACUAUGAAACUGGAUGGGGUCGUUGUGGAACUGUCCAACGCUUCCAUCAAAGUCGAUGAGAAACCUGUCACUAUACCCUUCAGCCAGGUUGGCAUUACAAUUGUAAGAACUGUCUCCUAUGUCAAAAUCGAGGCAAAGCUGGGUUUGGUCAUCAUGUGGAACGAAGAAGACUCCCUCUGGGUUGAGCUGGAUGCAAAAUUUGAGAAUCAGACUUGUGGCCUGUGUGGUGACUUCAACGGAGUCCGAACUUAUGAUGAGUUCAUCAACAGAGAAACAGGGGAGUCUUUAACUCCUGAAUAUUAUGGGGAUGUCUGGAAAGUCAAUGGUCCUACUGAAAACUGUGAAGAAGUCUCCUCUACAGCCACACAGACCUGUACAAAUCAGACGGACCUCUGUGAGAACCUGCUGUCAGGACCUGCAUUCCUCAGCUGUCAGGAACUGAUUGAUACUGACUCCUUUAUCAAAGCCUGCAUGAAAGACCUGUGCUACUGUAACAGUAGCACUUCAUGCUUGUGUUCCACCAUAUCAGAGUACUCCCGUCAGUGUGCUCAUGCAGGCGGGAAACCACAACAAUGGAAGACCGCACAACUGUGUGCAAAAACAUGCCCUUUCAACAUGGAGUACUAUGAAUGCGGUAGCCCCUGUACUGACACUUGCAGUGACCCCCAGAGAAGCGACGUGUGUGAUGAUCACUGCAUAGAUGGAUGCUUCUGUCCACCUGGGACUGUGUUUGACGACAUUAACCAAAGUGGGUGUGUUGCUGUUGAUCAGUGCUCCUGCUUACACAAUGGCAAGCCAUACAAACCAGGGGAGUCAUAUUCAGGCCCAUGUAAAAACUGCACUUGUACCCAGGGUCAGUGGAGCUGUAAUGAUAUGAACUGUCAUGGUGUCUGUUCCAUAUUGGGAGGCUCCCAUAUCUCCACCUAUGAUGAUAAAACAUACACUUUCCAUGGAGACUGCUCUUAUGUUCUCUCCGAGGAAACAAAUGGGACUUUCAGUGUACUUGGUGAUCUGGUCAAAUGUGAAAAAUCAGAUAAAUCAACCUGCCUGACUGCAGUCACUCUACUCCUGUCUAAAGAAAUGAUGAUUGUAGUUCAAGCCAACGGACAGGUUUUGUAUAACAAACAGAUCUCUACACUGCCUCUUUUCGUGGAUGACGCAACAGUCUUCAGCCCAUCAACAUUCUUCAUUGUUAUCCACACCACCUAUGGGCUUUCUCUUGAGAUUCAGCUCACACCCAUCAUGCAGGUCUACAUCAAAGCCAGUGUUUCCAAUAAAGGAAAACUCAACGGCCUUUGUGGAGAUUUUAAUGAUGUAGAAGCUGAUGACUUCAGAACCACAAAUGGACUGAUUGAGGGAACGGCUGUGGCAUUUGGCAACACAUGGAAAACCAAAACAAGCUGCCUCGAUGUGACAAACGUACUUAAGGACCCUUGCAUUUUGAGUGUGGACAACGAGAAAUAUGCCAAACACUGGUGCUCCUUGCUGUCCGACCCAGAAGGGAUUUUCUCAAAUUGCCAUUCUGAAUUAAACCCAGCAGUCUAUCAAGCUUCUUGUAUUUAUGACACUUGUGCCUGUGAAGACAGUGAGGAGUGCAUGUGUGCUGCCUUAUCUUCCUAUGUCCAUGCAUGUGCCGCUGAAGGUGUCUACCUGAAUGGAUGGAGGGACACUGUAUGCCAGAAAUACACGACUGGCUGUCCUUCUACUUUUGUGUAUGGCUACCAAAUGACGACUUGUGGACGCACCUGUCGCUCCCUUAGUCAGUCAGACUCAACAUGUGACGUUGAAUUUACCCCACUUGAUGGCUGCGGGUGUGCUGAAGGAACUUACCUAAAUGAGAUUGAUGUGUGUGUGUCAGCUACACAAUGUCCUUGUUACAUUGGAGACGCAGUAGUACACAAUGGGCAAUUCAUCAAGCUCCACGGACGAACUUGCUCCUGCCACAGUGGAAAAUUAAGCUGUACAGGAAGCCACAUAAGUGAAUCCUGCACCGAUCCAAUGGUUUUCUUCAACUGCUCAAGUGCAAAGCCAGGUGUGAAGGGAUCAGAGUGCCAAAGGAGCUGCCAGACACUGGACAACAAAUGCGUUAGUACACAGUGUAUCUCAGGCUGUGUAUGUCCCGAUGGCCUGCUGUCAGAUGGUAAAGGAGGCUGUAUAAAGGAGGAGGACUGUCCCUGCCCAUAUGGUGGAGAAUACUAUAAUUCUGGACAGACAAUCACUGUGGACUGCAAUAACUGCACUUGCAAAAGCAGAAAAUGGGAAUGUACAGAUAAUGAUUGUGAUGGAACCUGUACCAUAUAUGGAGAAGGGCACUACAUCACUUUUGAUGAAAAGAGAUUCUCCUUUCAUGGCGACUGUGGCUACGUCUUCACUCAGGAUUACUGUGGGGACGAUAUGAAUGGCACCUUCAGGGUCCUGACGGAGAGCAUCCCAUGUGGGACAACUGAGAGCAUCUGCUCCACUGCUAUCAAGCUGUACUUGGGGAACAAUGAAAUUAUUCUUUCUGAGGAAAAUAUCAGAGUUAUCAAACAAAGCAAAGGGGAGGAAAUACCCUAUCAGGUCCACACUAUGGGUAUAUAUCUGGUAAUUGAGGCAAAGAAUGGUCUUGUUCUCAUUUGGAAUAAGAAGACAACACUCAUGAUCAAACUCAGCUCCACAUUCAAGGGAAAAGUCUGCGGCCUGUGUGGGAAUUAUGAUGGGAAUAUCAAGAACGAUUUCACCACCAGAAACAAAGAAGUUGUGGUUGAAGCCCUUGAGUUUGGAAACAGCUGGAAAGUGUCACACACCUGCCCUAAUGCAAACGCACUAAAAAAUCCCUGCAGUAUGUACUCACACAGGCAGGCAUGGGCAUUAAAACACUGCAGCAUUAUCAACAGUGAAGUAUUUGCAAGUUGCCAUUCAAAGGUGGAUCCAAAAAAUUAUCAUGAUGCCUGUGUGGAAGACACAUGUGCUUGCAAUACAGGAGGAGAUUGUGAGUGUUUCUGCUCGGCUGUAGCUGCCUACGCAGCAGCCUGUAACAAGGCUGGAGCCUGUGUGAAAUGGAGAACUCCCACAAUCUGCCCUCUGUUCUGUGAUUAUUACAACCCUGAUGGAGAGUGUGAAUGGCACUAUGAGUCCUGUGGAAAACCAUGCAUGAAGACAUGCAGGAAUCCCUCAGGGAUAUGCUACAAUAACAUUCCAGCAUUAGAAGGCUGCUAUCCAAGAUGUCCACCUGAACAAUCUUAUUUGGAAGAAGCUACCAUGAAGUGUGUGUCAAAAGAGGAAUGCGGUUGCUAUGAUGACGAAGGGAAGCAUUACACAGAAGGGGAGGUCAUACCUCCAAAGAAAAACUGUCACACUUGUAAUUGUUCUUCAACAAAAGUUGAGUGCAUCUAUAAUGUCCAAGCUUGCACUUGUUCAUAUAAAGGACUUACAUACAAGUAUGGAGAUAAAAUCUAUGACACACAUGAUGGAGAUGGAACCUGUAUGACUGCUGUUUGUGGAGAAGAUGGAAAUAUUUCCAGGACCAUAGAUGCUUGCUCUACAACUGCACCCACCCAGACACCAACGACAACAGUCUUUCAUUUUGACACAAGUGGACCCACAACAACCACAGUCACCAAAGAACCUACAACAACAGAACAGGCAAAGACAACAACCACACAAAAUCCCAUAACAACUGCUGUUACAACCACAAUCACAGAAAAACCUACCACAGUACCAACAGAAAACCCCAGCACGUCUGGGGCCACAACCACUGAAAAGCCCACCACUACAACCACGGUCACAGAAAUUCCCAGCACUACUGGUGCAACAACCCCAGAAAUAUCCACUACAACCCAUGCAAACUGCUUUGUUUGUAAGUGGUCAGAUUGGAUGAGCAAUCAUUACCCUGACUCAACCAUAGAUGGUGGAGAGUAUGAACCCAUUGAUAAAAUUACUGAUCCAGACAUGAAUGUUUGUAGUAAACCUUUGGAAAUAGAAUGUAGAGCAAAACAACUCAAAGAUGUAUCUUUGAAUGACCUUGGUCAAAAAGUAACAUGUGAUCCAGAAGUUGGACUGACUUGUCAUAACAAAGACCAAGGUAUACCUCCUGUUUGUUUUGACUAUGAAAUACGAGUAAAAUGUUGCGUUAACCAUUGUACGGUUUCAACCACAAUUAUCCCCUCAACAAAACCAACCACAGGAGGGUCCACUACAACCACAAUCACAGAAAAGCCCAGCACUCCUAGUGCCACCACCACAGAAAAGCCCACCACAACAACCACAAUCACAGAAAAGCCCAGCACUCCUGGUGCCACGACCACAGAAAAGCCCACCACAACCACCGCUAUCACAGAAAAACCUACCACAGUACCAACAGAAAAGCCCAGCACUCCUAGUGCCACAACCACAGCAGAGCCCACCACAAUACCAACAGAAAAGCCAAGCACUCCUGGGGCCACAACCACUGAAAAGCCCAUCACAACCACCGCUAUCACAGAAAAACCUACCACAGUACCAACAGAAAAGCCCAGCACUCCUGGUGCCUCAACCCCAGAAAUAUCCACUACAACACAUGCUAACUGCAUUGUUUGUAAGUGGUCAGAUUGGAUGAGCAAUCAUUACCCUGACUCAACCAUAGAUGGUGGAGAGUAUGAACCCAUUGAUAAAAUUACUGAUCCAGACCUGAAUGUUUGUAGUAAACCUUUGGAAAUAGAAUGUAGAGCAAAACAACUCAAAGAUGUAUCAUUGAAUGACCUUGGUCAAAAAGUAUCAUGUGAUCCAGCCAUUGGACUGACUUGUCAUAAUAAAGACCAAGGUAUACCUCCUGUUUGUUAUGACUAUGAAAUACGAGUCAAAUGUUGCGUUAACCAUUGUACGGUUUCAACCACAAUUAUCCCCUCAACAAAACCAACCACAGGAGGGUCCACUACAACCACAAUCACAGAAAAGCCCAGCACUCCUGGUGCCACAACCACAGAAAAGCCCACCACAACAACUACAAUCACAGAGAAGCCCAGCACUCCUAGUGCCACCACCACAGAAAAACCCACCACAACAACUGCUAUCACAGAAAAACCUACCACAGUACCAACAGAAAAGCCCAGCACUCCUGGUGCCACAACCACAGAAAAGCCCAGCACUCCUGGUGCCACAACCACAGAAAAGCCCACCACAACAACCACAAUCACAGAAAAGCCCAGCACUCCUGGUGCCACCACCACAGAAAAACCCACCACAACAACUGCUAUCACAGAAAAACCCACCACAGUACCAACAGAAAAGCCCAGCACUUCUGGUGCCACAACCACAGAAAAGGCCACCACAACCAGCGCUAUCACAGAAAAACCUACCACAGUACCAACAGAAAAGCCCAGCACUCCUGGUGCCACAAGUGUGACAGCUACAAAAGCCACUACAGAAAUCCCAGUUGUAACUGGUGUUACAAAUACAGUGGUUACAACAACACACGAAACAGGACCUGUGAUGAAUGAAACAACUACAAAAGCCACAGGAAAGCCCAGCACUCCUGGUGCCACAACCACAGAAAAUCCCACCACAACAACCGCUAUUACAGAAAAACCUACCACAGUACCAACAGAAAAGCCCAGCACUCCUGGUGCCACAACCACAGAAAAGCCCAGCACUCCUGGUGCCACAACCACAGAAAAGCCCAGCACUCCUGGUGCCACAACCACAGAAAAGCCCACCACAACAACCACAAUCACAGAAAAGCCCAGCACUCCUGGUGCCACCAACACAGAAAAUCCCACCACAACAACCGCUAUUACAGAAAAACCUACCACAGUACCAACAGAAAAGCCCAGCACUCCUGGUGCCACAACCAAAGAAAAGCCCACCACAACAACCACAAUCACAGAAAAGCCUACCACAGUACCAACAGAAAAUCCGAGCACUCCUGGGUCCACAACCACUGAAAAGCCCAGCACUCCUGGUGCCACAACCACAGAAAAGCCCAGCACUACAACCGCUAUCACAGAAAAACCUACCACAGUACCAACAGAAAAUCCGAGCACUCCUGGGUCCACAACCACUGAAAAGCCCAGCACUCCUGGUGUCACCACCACUGAAAAGCCCACCACCACAACCACAGUCACAGAAAAGCCCGGCACUCCUAGUGCCACAACCACAGAAAAGCCCACCACUACAACCACGGUCACAGAAAUUCCCAGCACUACUGGUGCAACAACCCCAGAAGUAUCCACUACAACCCAUGCUAACUGCUUUGUUUGUAAGUGGUCAGAUUGGAUGAGCAAUCAUUACCCUGACUCAACCAUAGAUGGUGGAGAGUAUGAACCCAUUGAUAAAAUUACUGAUCCAGACAUGAAUGUUUGUAGUAAACCUUUGGAAAUAGAAUGUAGAGCAAAACAACUCAAAGAUGUAUCUUUGAAUGACCUUGGUCAAAAAGUAACAUGUGAUCCAGAAGUUGGACUGACUUGUCAUAAUAAAGACCAAGGUAUACCUCCUGUUUGUUAUGACUAUGAAAUACGAGUCAAAUGUUGCGUUAACCAUUGUACGGUUUCAACCACAAUUAUCCCCUCAACAAAACCAACCACAGGAGGGUCCACUACAACCACAAUCACAGAAAAGCCCAGCACUCCUAGUGCCACAACCACAGAAAAGCCCAGCACAACAACCACAAUCACAGAGAAGCCCAGCACUCCUAGUGCCACCACCACAGAAAAACCCACCACAACAACUGCUAUCACAGAAAAACCUACUACAGUACCAACAGAAAAGCCCAGCACUCCUGGUGACACAACCACGGAAAAGCCCACCACAACAACUACAAUCACAGAGAAGCCCAGCACUCCUAGUGCCACCACCACAGAAAAACCUACCACAACAACUGCUAUCACAGAAAAACCUACCACAGUACCAACAGAAAAGCCCAGCACUCCUGGUACCACAACCACAGAAAAGCCCACCACAACAACUACAAUCACAGAGAAGCCCAGCACUCCUAGUGCCACCACCACAGAAAAACCCACCACAACAACUGCUAUCACAGAAAAACCUACCACAGUACCAACAGAAAAGCCCAGCACUCCUGGUGCCACAACCACAGAAAAGCCCAGCACUCCUGGUGCCACAACCACAGAAAAGCCCACCACAACAACCACAAUCACAGAAAAGCCCAGCACUCCUGGUGCCACCACCACAGAAAAACCCACCACAACAACUGCUAUCACAGAAAAACCUACCACAGUACCAACAGAAAAGCCCAGCACUCCUGGUGCCACAACCACAGAAAAGCCCAUCACAACAACCACAAUCACAGAAAAGCCCAGCACUCCUGGUGCCACCACCACAGAAAAACCCACCACAACAACUGCUAUCACAGAAAAACCUACCACAGUACCAACAGAAAAGCCCAGCACUUCUGGUGCCACAACCACAGAAAAGCCCACCACAACAACUACAAUCACAGAAAAACCUACAACAGUACCAACAGAAAAGCCCAGCACUCCUGGUGCCACAACCACAGAAAAGCCCACCACAACAACCACAAUCACAGAAAAGCCCAGCACUCCUGGUGCCACCACCACAGAAAAACCCACCACAACAACUGCUAUCACAGAAAAACCUACCACAGUACCAACAGAAAAGCCCAGCACUCCUGGUGCCACAACCACAGAAAAGCCCAGCACUACAACCGCUAUCACAGAAAAACCUACCACAGUACCAACAGAAAAUCCAAGCACUCCUGGGUCCACAACCACUGAAAAGCCCACCACUACAACAACGGUCACAGAAAAACCUACCACAGUACCAACAGAAAACCCCAGCACUCCUGGUGCCACAACCACAGAAAAGCCCACCACUUCAACCACGGUCACAGAAAUUCCCAGCACUACUGGUGCAACAACCCCAGAAAUAUCCACUACAACACAUGCUAACUGCUUUGUUUGUAAGUGGUCAGAUUGGAUGAGCAAUCAUUACCCUGACUCAACCAUAGAUGGUGGAGAGUAUGAACCCAUUGAUAAAAUUACUGAUCCAGACAUGAAUGUUUGUAGUAAACCUUUGGAAAUAGAAUGUAGAGCAAAACUACUCAAAGAUGUAUCGUUGAAUGACCUUGGUCAAAAAGUAACAUGUGAUCCAGCCGUUGGACUGACUUGUCAUAAUAAAGACCAAGGUAUACCUCCUGUUUGUUAUGACUAUGAAAUACGAGUCAAAUGUUGUGUUAACCAUUGUGCGGUUUCAACCACAAUUAUCCCCUCAACAAAACCAACCACAGGAGGGUCCACUACCACAACGAUCACAGAAAAGCCCAGCACUCCUGGUGCCACAACCACAGAAAAGCCCACUACAACAACUGCUAUCACAGAAAAACCUACUACAGUACCAACAGAAAAGCCCAGCACUCCUGGUGCCACAACCACAGAAAAGCCCACCACAACAACUAUAAUCACAGAGAAGCCAAGCACUCCUAGUGCCACCACCACAGAAAAGCCCACCACAACAACUGCUAUCACAGAAAAACCUACUACAGUACCAACAGAAAAGCCCAGCACUUCUGGUGCCACAACCACAGAAAAGCCCACCACAACAACCGCUAUCACAGAAAAACCUACAACAGUACCAACAGAAAAGCCCAGCACUCCUGGUGCCACAACCACAGAAAAGCCCAUCACAACAAUCACAAUCACAGAGAAGCCCAGCACUCCUAGUGCCACCACCACAGAAAAACCCACCACAACAACUGCUAUCACAGAAAAACCUACUACAGUACCAACAGAAAAGCCCAGCACUCCUGGUGCCACAACCACAGAAAAGCCCACCACAACAACCGCUAUCACAGAAAAACCUACAACAGUACCAACAGAAAAGCCCAGCACUCCUGGUGCCACAACCACAGAAAAGCCCACCACAACAAUCACAAUCACAGAGAAGCCCAGCACUCCUAGUGCCACCACCACAGAAAAACCCACCACAACAACUGCUAUCACAGAAAAACCUACUACAGUACCAACAGAAAAGCCCAGCACUUCUGGUGCCACAACCACAGAAAAGCCCACCACAACAACCGCUAUCACAGAAAAACAAACAACAGUACCAACAGAAAAGCCCAGCACUCCUGGUGCCACAACCACAGAAAAGCCCAUCACAACAAUCACAAUCACAGAGAAGCCCAGCACUCCUAGUGCCACCACCACAGAAAAACCCACCACAACAACUGCUAUCACAGAAAAACCUACUACAGUACCAACAGAAAAGCCCAGCACUCCUGGUGCCACAACCACAGAAAAGCCCACCACAACAACCGCUAUCACAGAAAAACCUACAACAGUACCAACAGAAAAGCCCAGCACUCCUAGUGCCACAACCACAGCAGAGCCCACCACAAUACCAACAGAAAAGCCAAGCACUCCUGGGGCCACAACCACUGAAAAGCCCACCACAACCACCGCUAUCACAGAAAAACCUACCACAGUACCAACAGAAAAGCCCAGCACUCCUGGUGCCACAACCACAGAAAUAUCCACUACAACCCAUGCUAACUGCAUUGUUUGUAAGUGGUCAGAUUGGAUGAGCAAUCAUUACCCUGACUCAACCAUAGAUGGUGGAGAGUAUGAACCCAUUGAUAAAAUCACUGAUCCAGACAUGAAUGUUUGUAGUAAACCUUUGGAAAUAGAAUGUAGAGCAAAACAACUCAAAGAUGUAUCAUUGAAUGACCUUGGUCAAAAAGUAUCAUGUGAUCCAGCCAUUGGACUGACUUGUCAUAAUAAAGACCAAGGUAUACCUCCUGUUUGUUAUGACUAUGAAAUACGAGUCAAAUGUUGCGUUAACCAUUGUACGGUUUCAACCACAAUUAUCCCCUCAACAAAACCAACCACAGGAGGGUCCACUACCACCACGAUCACAGAAAAGCCCAGCACUCCUGGUGCCACAACCACAGAAAAGCCCACCACAACAACCACAAUCACAGAAAAGCCCAGCACUCCUGGUGCCACAACCACAGAAAAGCCCACCACAACAACAACUGCUAUCACAGAAAAACCUACCACAGUAGCAACAGAAAAGCCCAGCACUCCUGGUGCCACAAGUGUGACAGCUACAAAAGCCACUACAGAAAUCCCAGUUGUAACUGGUGUUACAAAUACAGUGGUUACAACAACACACAAAACAGGACCUGUCAUGAAUGAAACAACUACAAAAGCCACAGGAAAGCCCAGCACUCCUGGUGCCACAACCACAGAAAAGCCCACCACAACAACCGCUAUCACAGAAAAUCCUACAACAGUACCAACAGAAAAGCCCAGCACUCCUGGGUCCACAACCACUGAAAAGCCCACCACAACAACCACAAUCACAGAAAAGCCCAGCACUCCUGGGUCCACAACCACUGAAAAGCCCACCACUACAACAACGGUCACAGAAAAACCUACCACAGUACCAACAGAAAAGCCCAGCACUCCUGGUGCCACAACCACAGAAAAGCCCACCAUAACAACCGCUAUCACAGAAAAACCUACCACAGUACCAACAGAGAAGCCCAGCACUCCUGGGUCCACAACCACUGAAAAGCCCACCACAACAACCACAAUCACAGAAAAUCCAAGCACUCCUGGGUCCACAACCACUGAAAAGCCCACCACUACAACAACGGUCACAGAAAAACCUACCACAGUACCAACAGAAAAGCCCAGCACUCCUAGUGGCACAACCACUGAAAAGCCCACUCCUGAAACUCCAACUCUAACAUCUUCUACUCCUCAGCCAUCAACACCAGGCAGAACAACUAUAUGUUUCUGCAAGUACAUGGAUCAAAUUUUCUCUCCUGGUAGCUUCAUGUACAAUAAAACUGAUGGAGCAGGCUGGUGUUUCACUGCAUAUUGCAGUGUGACAUGCACUGUUGAGAAGCUUGGUAGACCAUGCCACUCUACUACUCCUACAACUACCACACCAAGCACCACAACACAAAUUGGCUCAACAACCAAACAACCUUCCAGUGACUGUUUAUAUCUCAAGCCACCAAGAAAGCAUGGUGAGUCGUGGAGUUCAGACAACUGCACCACAGACACCUGUGACAAUCAAAGAGUAAUAAAAGAGCAUGUGCCAUGUAAAUCAGUCACCAUUCCUACGUGUGAAAAUGGGUACCCACCAGUUCGGGUUUAUGAUGAAGCCGGCUGUUGUUUCCACUACGAGUGCCGAUGUGUUUGUGCUGGCUGGGGAGAUCCUCAUUAUCAGACAUUUGAUGGCCAGUACUACAGCUUCCAGAAAAACUGCACAUAUGUUUUGGUCAAAGAGAUCAUUCCUGAACACAAUUUAACGAUUCUUAUCGACAACGAAAACUGUGAUGCCUCUGGAACUGUUACGUGCGCAAAAGCCCUGAUUGUGUAUUACAAAAACUAUGAAGUCAUUCUUACAAUACAGAGAAUCCCGAAGACCAAGACCAUGGUGUACGUCAACGGCAAGCUGGUUUCCCCAACCUACUCUAAAGAUGGCAUAAUCAUUACAAGUACAGGAAUUGAACUCCGUUUGAGAAUCCCGGCAAUUGAAGCAGUUGUGACAUUCAAAGGGCUUUUAUUCAGUGUUGAACUGCCAUUUUCCCUUUUCCACAACAACACAGAGGGACAGUGUGGUACCUGUGACAAUAACAGGAAAAACGACUGUAGAUUGCCAAAUGGCCAGAUUCAUCCUUCAUGCUCUGAGAUGGGACAUGAAUGGCAUGUACCAGAUAAGAAAAAACCAUAUUGUGAGAAGCCGCCUCCUCCACCACAACCAACAUCAAAACCACAACCCUGCGAUCCUGUUACUUGUGAAAUUUUGAUCAGCAAGGUGUUUGAGGAAUGCCACAAAGUAAUCCCACCAAAUCCAUUUUAUGAGGCCUGUAAAUUUGAUGUUUGCCACACAAAUUCCAGUGUUGGUUGUUCCAGUAUGGAGAUGUACGCCAUGCUGUGUGCUGAAGUGUCUGUCUGUGUAGCCUGGAGGAAUGCUACAAACGGACAGUGCGACUAUAAAUGUCCAGAAAAUAAAGUCUACAAGCCUUGUGGGCCAACUGUUGUACCAACCUGCAAUGCAAGAUACAAUGAGAAUGUACUACAAUGCCAGAGAGAAAAUGGCAACCAGAACCAAGAUUGUAAUGGAUUCUUGGAGGGAUGUUUCUGUCCAGACGGGAUGACUUUGUUCAAUCCAAAAUCUGACAUCUGUGUCUCCUCCUGUUGCACUGGACCUGAUGGCCAACCUAAACAGCUUGGUGAGACUUGGCAGAGUGGUUGUCAGCAGUGUGUUUGUGAUGAGGACACUCUGAGUGUUCAGUGUGAGCCUCUCUCAUGUCCCACUCAAGAACCAAUAACCUGUACCGAGGAAGGUGAGGUGUUGGUGAACCGCACAGUGGACUGCUGUGAGAAACUGACAUGUGAAUGUGAUAGGAGUCGUUGUUCGUUGGUAACAGAGUGCAAACUGGGAUUUAAGUUGGAGAUCCACAUGUCAAAUGACAGUUGCUGUCCCUCUUACCUUUGUGUGCCCAAAGACGUCUGUGUCUUCAAUGAUACUGAGUACAAGCCUGGUAUGAAUUUCUCCAAAAGCCUGUGUGAAUCAUGCAGCUGCACUGAAGCUCAGGAUCCCACCAGCAAAUUGAAAGCCCAUGAGUGUCAUCUGGAGCAGUGUGACAAACAGUGUGCAGAGGGCUAUGUGUAUGAAAAGCAACCUGGACAAUGUUGUGGAUCAUGUAUAAAGACAAGCUGCUUUUUGGACGUCCCAGGUUUCAACUCCCAGAUCAUUAUUAAACCUUCUCAGUCUUGGUCACCACCAAAUGAUAACUGUACCAAGUAUGAUUGCGAAAAGGUGAAGGACGAGUUUAUAAUCUCUAAAAACCAAACAACAUGUCCUGCAUUUGAUCCAGAGAACUGCGUUCCUGGAACGGAACAAAGUGACAUUAACGGUUGUUGCAAAACUUGUACUCCUCGCCACAGCUGUCAGAUGAAGAAGAACACCACCUAUCUGUAUACAAACAACUGCAGGUCAGUUGUAAUGGUGGAAAUCACAGCCUGUGAGGGAUCCUGUGGAGCGUCUUCAUCUAUGUACUCUGCUGAGAGCAACAGUUUGAUGCAUUCGUGCACAUGCUGUCAAGAAAUGGCCACCAGUAAGAAGGAGGUGGAGAUGUCCUGCCCUGAUGGCAGCACAAAGAUGCACACCUACAUUUCAGUUGACAAGUGCGGUUGCCAUGUCGCUGAAUGUCCUAUCGACACCACAGUGUAAAGUAAACAUCUGGAAAGUCAAAAUCUGACUAAUAUACCUUUAUAAACUUGAUCAAUUCCUCUCCAAAAUCUACUAGAGAAUCCAGACUCAGUAUGUGAAGACCACCAAAGACACACCUUUGUGUAUUUAGCAGCCACAAAAUACGAGCCAAUAAGUUAAACCUUUCAAACAGCAGAGAUGUUGUGGUCUGAAACUCCCUACACCUCUGCAAAUUGGCUCUUUUUAACUCUGACUGUCAUAACUUCCUUAUUUACUGUCAGGGAGGCAGGUGUGCAUAGUGCCCCAUAAUGACAGCACACAUUUGUGUCAUGGUGUCUCUUGUAGCUUUUGGAGACGUUCCUUUAUGCAAUCUAUAUGAUAUGGUGUUUUAAUUCUUGGAGGGUGUUUCUCUUCCUUUUACUGCAAAUGACUUGAGAGAUAAAAGACACAAGAAUGGCUUCAGAUAUACAGUAUAUUGUAUUAAUGCUAUGAAUAUAUAUAAUAAAAAGAUAAUUUAUAUAAAUAAAAGAGUGUAAACAAUAUCAAAACUAUCUUUGUCCAACAUCUGAACCCUCUGCUAAUUUGAAUGUCUUCAGUGUCAAUAAAAAUUUACUGAUCAUCA